CUAUUGCAUAAACAAGUCCUUCACAAAUGGGUAUGAUUCUGAUAAAUCAUUUCAUUGUGGACUCGACUGCAAGUAACAAGAACACAGCAGACCAAAAUGAUGUUGCGAUCAUUUAUAAUUGGUCUUCUCAUACUGGCAGUGAAAAGUUUCCCCAUCAACGAAGAAAUCAACCAGAACAUCGAGGCAAAUACACCAAUAGAAAACGAUUUAAACACGAAAAAUGUCGAGGAAAUAAAAAAAGCACUCGACGACGUAACUUACGUACAAAACUUCAAAAACAUGAUGGCGGAUUACGUCAAAAGUCAAUACAACAACUUGACUCACCACGAAAUGGAUUCAAUAAAAGAAUAUCUAGAGGAAUUCUGCAUUAAAUUCGCAUCUGAUCUUAAAGAUAUUAUAGAAAAUGGAGUCACAUUUGAACGGGAUACAAUAAAUGAUGGUCUGCCAGAUUCUACAUUCGAAAAUGUUAGAGAUUGUAUCAAAACCGAGUUACCCGGAAUGGAUGAGAAUACAGCUGACAGGAUUACUUACGUUUUGAGGAAAAAUUUGUUUCUUACAAGACAGAAGAUAGACAGAAUAAUCAAUGACUCUAAAUUCUCUGCUAUAGAGAAUUCAUAGUUCUUUUUACACCACUUCGUCAGAAAGAGGAAUAUGUUUUUCAUUUUAUGUAUGUAUGUCCAUUUCUUUGGCUAAAAUUACGUUCAAAAUUUAAAAAAUAUGAUGGCCGAAAAAUGACAAAAAUCAAUACAACAACUUAACUCAUGACAUUACGGAUAAAAAAAAAGAAUAAUUAGAAGAAUUCUGACAGACGUCAGAAGGAGGAUAAUGUUCAUUUCUUUGUCACGUUCUAAAGUCCAAACGGCUGGACGGUUUUUGACAAAGACCUAAUGUGUCAUCAAAUUCGUUAAAUUAAUUAUUUAUUUAUUCAUUAGAAAGUUUAGAAUUUAAACUCAAGUGUUAUUUAUAUUAAUUGAUACACAGCUUUAUGAAACACAUCUAAAAUUCUCGUGAUAAAACUUCGGAGUAUGCCCAACUAGUUUUGAACCCAUGGGCCCUUCGUCAAACGUUACAAAAACCAGCUCAUGACUAAGGGCCCCACUCCCGUAAGGGUUCGAAACUUUAAGCCGUGUUCCAUAAUCAAUUAAUUAGGAAGCAGGCUUACAAAAGGUUUUAGCUAGAUAUAAUUAGACCUUGUUACUUCCUACCACAAUAAUUAGGUGUACGAAAAAAAUUGUAAUAGUGACUUAAGCCAUAUAAAUUAUUAAAAUAAAUUUUCAAAAUGCAGCCCGCAAAUGAAAAAUGG